AAUUUUGACUACUCCAUUAGUAAAGUUAUAAAUGAUAGAUAUCGACAUCAGCUUUCACAGUGUCAAACUUUGGAAAAUAUAGAGAUUAAAACAUCAGAGAGAAUGUUUCGUCGUCAACUACAACCAAACACAGCUCAUAAAUUCAUUUACUGUGGGAUAGAAAAGGCCGGAUCAACAUUCUGGAGACGUUUACUUCAAUAUAUACAGCUAAGCAAAGUACAAACACCUUAUCGAAUAAGACCAGAAUUAGCAAAUGCUUACUAUGUGGAUAUAUCUAAAUCAAACCUAUUGGAAGUGCUAGGUGUACUGAAGUCAUUUACAAAAUUUAUAUUUGUGAGAAAUCCCUAUACAAGGUUACUAUCUGGUUUUAUUGACAAAAUAUACUCUCCAAAUCCGUAUUACUGGAACAAGAUAGGCAUGAAUGCCAUCAGCUUAGCAAGGGGAAUAACAAAUGCAUGUGGACAUGAUGUAUCUUUUAAAGAAUUUGUAGAGUACAUUAUUCAUUCCAAUAAUAAUCCGAAGAGCAGACGUGACGUUCAUUUUAUUCCAGCACACCAAUUGUGUCUUCCUUGUUACAUACAAUAUGAUUUCAUUGGUAAAAUAGAAUCAUUUGAAAAAGAUGUUUUGUUCAUACUGGAGAAACUAAAUUUAACACAAUAUCUACCGGUUUUAAGAAAUUUUAAAAACCAAUCGGUCUUUGAUGCUUUGUAUGAUGUAAGUCACACUUUUAUAGAGUUCAGAAAAGAAGCUUCAAAAUGUUUAAGCUACGAGGAGAGUCUCAAAAGAACAUGGCGUAAGCUACAGUUAAGAGGAAUAAUCGCGGAUGAAAUUAAUUUGCCUUUUCCCUAUAAAGAGUCAGAAAAUAUUACAGAAGAGAAAUUAUUAUUAACUUUUAUCAAUGCAAAUAAGCAGUCACAAACAUUUGACCUGCGAUCACAAAAACGAAAAUAUCUUAUUGAUGCUUUUAGUACACUUUCUUUACAGACUUUAGAUAAAUUAGCAGAUGUCUUUAUGAUAGAUUUUAAAAUAUUUGAUUAUAAUAUAUACCCUUCCUUUAUAUUCCAGAACAAAAAUAUUUCGAGUCAGGACAUAUUUUAGUUUGAUAGUAUAUAUAUAUAUAUAUAUAUAUAUAUAUAUAUAUAUAUAUAUAUUUAUAUGUUUAUUGUUUUCUGUUUGGUAUUAAAUUAAUAUUAAGAUCCAUUUUGAUACAUCUGGUGAUCAAUUUUUUUGGCAAUCGCCAAUGGCAGUCAGCAAUAACCAUCAUUUAAAAUAGGAUGAAUAUAUGAUUUCUUGAUGUUAUUUUUAUCUGUUUUGGUUUGAAAUAUUAAAAGGGUGAAUCAAAUGUCAAAACUAGAAUUUUUUUAGCACUCCUGUUUCAAUUGAUAUAGCUACAAGUUAUAAUUUAGAUUUACAUUCAUCAUGGCUGCAAACAGAGAGAUACCCUUUGUGCAAAACAUAAUACGAUUCGAUAGGAUCAUGUCUUGCUGAGUAAAAUUAACUUUAUUAUUGGACUGAAACUACAAAUUUUACACACUUCACAGAACAGUUUUAAUAUUGUGAACAAUUCGUGCGACUGGCGCACACCUCAUUUUAUCCUAGAGCAAUAACUUUGUAUUAAAAUAACGGACUCGGUGUCGCAGAAGUAACGAGUUUCUCUAUGGCAUCCUUUAAUGGAAGAGAAGUCAUAGUUGUCAAGUUGUUAGAAUGACACUUAGGAAACAAUUCAAAUACUGUUUAAAGAAAUAAACAUAUUGAUUGUAGAAAUUUCCCCUGAAAUGAAAAGUAAAUGUCUGAAACACAGUUAAACUUUGAUUUCUUUUUCUACAAUUCAUAAUUUUGAUUUAACCAGAAUCAUUUGAAAUGUUUAGGAUAAAAUGUAGAUUUAAAGCAUGCAAAUACAUACCACGAUU